AUGCCGUCCACGGAGACGCUCCCAUUGCCAGAGCUGUAUGAACCAUAUGAAAAUUAUAAGUACGCAGACUUGUGUCUCGAACUUUCUAAGCGCAACAUUUGUCUCCCUCGCUCCCUCCAACGCGUAACUGACCAAGCUGGUUUGAUUCAGCUUCUUCGCGACUGGGACCAAACGCAGAACGAGGAGAUCUGCAAACCAAUCUAUCGGCGAGCAUCGCCACGACGACAGGGUGACAAGAUUCCAAACCAGAUGAAUUCGAAACGGACCAUUCGUACGCGCCGUGGCUGUCGCUUUCGCCUCAUCAACGUGCUUCUUAGUCCAAAGUUCUGCCGGCGUUGGUCCGAGAUGAUUUCUUGCGGCCGUAAACUGGAAAUGAACCACUUUUGGACGGACGUACAUGUCGCUUUUAGGACAAAAAACCUGUCACUCGACAAACUUCACUUUCAAGACGCACUUUUUGUAAAUGUCACACCUGAUGUAAUCCUUGCACACUCAGCUACGCGCUUGCUCCAAAUGUGGAUCGAGAUUGUCAUUAUGUACCGCAACGCUGUGGCGCAAGCCAAAAGAGCAGCGGAUAAAAAUGAUACUGUUCACUCGUUCUUUGAUUUCUGCGCUGGAAGACUAGACCUGCUCUAUCUGCAUAUGGCCAUGCUGCUGGAACCAAAGCUUUCGAGAUUCGUCAUGUCAGACAAACUUUCGGCAGCAUUCGAACCAUUUGAUAGAAGUAAGAUCAAAACGGUAGCAUCUGAUUCAAAGUCGGCACAAACUGCAGUUAAAUGCAAGUCGGGUGCAUUAAAUAAGGUACAAUCUACAGUUGCAGCUAGCAGCAAGCCUGUCACAACAGUAAGUAUACAAGAUGCUGCUAAAUGCAAAACAGGCACUACAAAUAAAGGAAAAUUUUCUGCUAGCUGCAACCCGAGCGCAAUAAUCGAGAAAGUAGGUUCUACAACCAUUGGCAAUCCGAGCGCUGCAACAGGGACAGAAGCUGCAACUAGUGCCAACAGCCAGCAGGCUAUAUUGACUGAGGCCCAAAGCGUUAUUGCUACCAGCAAGCCAAUUGAAGAGACUGAGGCGGAAGCUGCGACUCCUGCUGAUAAUAAACUGGCCGCAGGGUUCGGAGAUCAAAUUGCAUCUGCUGAUAGCAGCAACCUGGAUACAGAAAUAUCCACAGUAGCAGGAAAGGCUAUGGAAACGGCUUUGGUCACCUCCACGACAAAGCCUCCUGCUCCCCCGAAAUUGCCAGGAAUGCUCACACAAAAUCCUGAGAUGAAAGAGAUUCCGGCAUCCCCUGAAAUACGUGUCGGAAAGUCGACUUUGGCUAAAGAUGUUGUAUUGACAAGAGUAAAUCAGUCAAAGCCAGCAGUUUCACAAUAUAAAGCAAGCGUACCAAAGAAGAUCAGAAAAUACACCGGCAAAGGCAAGGCAGCCACCAAUGCAACUUCGACGAGAGAAACUAAGCCAAUGUCUUCGUCCGCAAAGAAACAGUCGGCUAAGUCGAAAGCGAAGACAAGCCAAUCUGUCAAAUUAUCGACGAUUGGUGAUGAUGAUGCACAAAAAAUCUCACUGGGAAAACGAUCUCGUGAAGAAAAGGAAACGACAAUUAUUCAGAUUCCAACUAUCACAGAUAUUGUUCCUCAUCCUGCUAAACGAGCUCACACGACUACAGCUCUUGUAACGCGUCCAAUGGACGUGGCACUACCUCCUGAUGAAUGGGAUAUACUGGAAAACCGGCUUCGCAAAGUGAACGACAAUAUUGGUCGCUGUCAUCGUGGGCUAUCAGGUAUGGAGGGAAAGGUCAGUGACAGCUACAAGCAAUCUUUGGAGGCAGAUCUGCGCUUUUACUCUGCUAUUAAACAACGAUUGCAGGAACAACUACUGGUUGUCAUGCAGAGUGGCUAUUAG